AAAUCCGUCUCGUCCAGAUAUAUCCAUUAUAUAUUCAUCCGACUCCGCAAUAUGUCAUUUUUCAUCUGUAUACUCGUGUUACAUCCAGCUCCUCUACCCCAUCCACAAAUCAUGCCCGCGAUCUGCCCGGAAACCGAAGUGGAGUUCACCUUUGAUGUAAUUAAGGUAAAUAUCCAAUGAAAAGCUGGUGGACUCUUCCAUCAUUCGCUCUUCGCAUUCUUGCGUCAGGCGCGAGAACACAAAAGCCCCUAUUCGAACUCCUCAGAUCAUUAGCGAAGAAGGUCUGCUGCCACGAGAUCGAACGACGGGGACGAUGUCGCGUCUACAGUGGCACGAAGAGGUGGGGUACAGGCCACUUUGGAGACCACUUUCCGGACCAUUCGUGGUUACAAUUAAACGCCUGCAGACUUCACGACGAAAGAUGUUUCCUCAUUUGGACCAACAAACCGCCUUAUACAUUAGUAAGGUAGAUCGGAUGUUCGAUGCAACGCCUUAUUCGAGAUACUUGAGGAAGAUACCUAAUACCGUUUACCCGGAAUGAAAGCUUAACUUAACGCCUCGCGAUCUUCAAGUUGCAUUACAGCUCAUGCACGAGGUACCGUGAUCGGAUGGACUUCGCCUGUGGCUUCACCACAGCUGCGAGCCCUCGACUCGGAUCACAUGUACAAUGCUAAAACAACUAAUUGGCUAGUGUUGCAACUAACUACCAACAUUAUGCCAGUUAUAUAUCUCAUUAAAUUAGUCGGAUUGAUUAUUGAGCGCGCUUUCUCGGGACAUAGCUGUUAAAUCCGGUGGUGACCAAUAUGAUGGUGUAGGUUUAAGCCUCAUCUCACUAUUUACCUAGCUUUAAUACCGAGAAAAAAUCUUUGAUCUCAAGAUAAGUUUCGUAAUUACGUCGGUUAUAACGGCAUUCAUAGUUGAUUCUAUAUUGACGCUAACGAGAUACCUAGCUUCUGGACGUGGGUUAUUAGUUCUAAGAGUUUUUUUUACCACAACGGGUACGAUAAAAUAAUAGAAGUAACCAAAAUCACCUGCGCAGGACGGCAUAUUUACUAUUGUCUAUACUAACCCAAGGUUCUUUGCGCAACACCAGGUAUGUUAAAGCAGUGACACAUGCCACUGUUGUUAGCUGAAAAUGUGUAAUUCGUAUGACGUAGCAUUAUAGGAGCUAUAACUCCUUUCAACAAAGUUGACUCCCUGGACGAUAUAUCGGAUGUAACAUAGAAGUUCCACCUGUGGAAUCAGGUGACUUGAACGGGCAGUUAUGAUUUCUCAUCCGGCAACGUCCAAUAUACUACAUCACCAAUACGAGACGAUACUGGAGUAGCGCCUGAAUGAUCGAAGAGAUUGUCAUAAGUUAAAAGGCCAUACCUACAAAAGACCAGCAGCCCCGAUAACCCUCAAAAUACGAGAUAGUAGUAUUUCUUUAUCCUCUAUAAAAAGACUUUAUGUACCACCAGAUAUUAUUUGAAGUUAUAGGCGAGCGUUGUAUCCCCCAGGAGACAAUUUGGCGUGAUGACUUUAUCUACUUUUAUUCCAAUAGAGUCC